UUGGGCGAGCCAGGGACGCUAGACACCACCACGAGGCGAGGCGAGGCUGGUCCUCCUGCCUGUGUAUAUAAGCAGCAGCUGCAAGACCCAGUGCGCAUCUUCACUCAGCCUCUCACCGUAGCCACCAUGAAGCUCAUCGUCUUCGCCUGCCUGGCCGCUGUCGCCAUCGCCGCUCCUCAGGGCACCAAGCCAGACUACAAGAUCAUAGGCAUCGUUAGCGACGUUCGCGAAGACACUGGAGACGGUAACUUCAGAUACGACUUCGAGACCGAGAACGGCAUCCGCCAGAAUGUCAAAGGAUACCCAGGAGCUUCAGGAGCUGUCAAUAUGGAAGGAGCCUUCAGCUUCCCUCUUGACGAUGGCAGACAAGCUGCCUUCACCUUCACCGCCGACGAGAACGGCUACCAGCCCGAAUCCGACCUCAUUCCUCAGCCUCCACCUCUCCCUGAACACGUAGUCGAGCUUCUGAAAAUCGUCGAUCAGCUGAAGGCUCAGGGAGCCAAAUGGGACGACCAAGGAGAGAGAAUAGACUAAGCAUCAGAUGAUGUGAUGGCCACUCUAACCAGAUCACAACCCAUACGCGACUACCACUGAGCCUCUCCAUGGACGAUCUGUGUGCAGGCUGACACUCGCCUCAGGGGGACGUCACCCUUCAAACUUAUCGAGGACUUGUAAAUGAACCCCAAAUUUUGCCCGAGUUCAAACACACACACACAUACAUACCCACACACCUUAUUAUAGAUUCACCCCAACCUGUGGCUGUAGACGUGAUAUAACCCUCAAUAGAGCAUCUCAGCCCUCUAUACCACAACACUCCUCUCUUCCCAGCAUCUCUUAUCUGAGCCAUCUCUCAUCAGAGUUGACGUCUCACUAGGCCCAGCGACAUAUGGCAACCUAGCCACACGGACACUCCGACCUACACAUAAGGACACCCCAAGGACACUUCUCGUAUGUAAAUAGUUAAGGACUACAGCUUCGGGGCAUCAACCAGCAUUUAAGAUCACUGGACACAAUCCAAUGCUUGUGAUCCUUUUGUAAUAAACUCCCUGCAGCCAGA